ACGUCGUUCGAAACAUCGUUCAUCUUCUCCGGUCAGCUCCAACUAAUCUCAAGUCUCCGAUGGGCCGCCGAGGGGCGACGAGCCUCCAAGACGUAGUGGGGAAGCUCAAGGACAAAGCGUCGCAGAGCAGGGCGGCGCUGAACCCGCUGUCCAAGCCCCACGUGGGGGCCCUCCUGCGGGCCACCACGCACGACCCCUCCGCGCCGCCAGAAGAGAAGCACCUGGCGGCGAUCCUCUCCUACGGCCACCGGUCCCGGGCCACAGCGUCGGUCGUCGUCGAGUCCCUCAUGGACCGCCUCCAGACAACCGGCGAUGCCCCCGUCGCCCUCAAGUGCCUUCUGACCGUCCACCACAUCAUCUGCCGCGGCACCUUCAUCCUCCAGGACCAGCUCUCGGUGUUCCCCGCCGCCGGCGGGAGGAACUACCUGAAGCUCUCUAACUUCCGGGACAGCCGCUCCCCCUUCACUUGGGAGAUAUCUUCUUGGGUCCGCUGGUACGCUCGGUACGUCGAGAAUUUCCUCUCGGCUUCCCGAAUCCUUGGGUUCUUCAUCGGCUCGAGCUCGAGCAUCCUCGAGAAGGAGAAGGUCGAGGAGACCGUCACGGGCCUCCUCAACUCGGACCUCCUCCGGGAGCUUGACUCACUGGUGGGUCUGAUCGAGGACGCCUGCAAGAUGCCCGACUCGACUCACGUCGAGUCGGCCCGUCUGCUCCGUUGCGUCAAGUCCCUCGCCGCGGAGGACCACAUGUCGGUCAUGAACGAGGUCGCGGUCCGAAUCAGUGAGUUCCGGCAGCGGCUCAGCGUGCUGAGCUUCGGCGAAUCGGUCGAGCUGGUCUGCAACCUGAAGAGGCUGGAGGGAUGCGAGGAGAAGCUGUCGGCGAUCUUCGACCGCAAGGUCCCCACGGAGAGCUUCUGGGAACUGAUGCGGGAGGUGAAGUCUAACUUGACCGAACAGGAGGAGAAGAUGUCGGCUGCGUUGGAUAGGAGAGUGGGGAGGGGGAGUGAGUCGGCUCGGUACGGAGGGCGGCGCGCGGUGAGUUUGGACGAACCGGUGAGGUUCUCGUCGGGCAGGUUACCUCCUCUCCCCAUUCCGUCGACUGAGCUGUACCCGUACGGUUGACCAAAUGGGCAAACCGGAGUUAUGUGUUUUUAUUUUACUUUUUAUUAUUUUAAAUUUUACCGUUGACUUAUAUAUAUAUAUAUAUAUUUUUUGCACAGGCAUAGAUAUGUAAAAUAAGAAAAACAUGGAAAUGAAAACUGUUUUGUAGAGAUUCAUCGACGCAAGGUUUGUUUUCAUUUUGA